AUGAAGUGGAGCGUGCGGGGAGCCUGCGCCGCGCUCUCCAGCUGCCUCCUGCUCGCCUGCGCCCUCAGCGCCGCCGCCGUGGGUCUCAAGUGCUUCUCGCUGGGCACUGAGCUGAAGGGCGAGCCUUUCCGCCUGGGCACCGCCGCCGGCGCCUUCUACUCGGGGCUGCUGCUGGCGGCCGGCCUGUCGCUGCUCGCAGCCGCACUGCUCUGCUGCCGCCCGCCCGACGAAGCGCCCUCGGCGCCGACCUCAGCCUCGGCGUCAGCCUCGACUCUGGCCCCGGCCGGGGAUUCGGACCCGGCAGGCGGCGGACCCGGCGCGGGCGAGGCGGCAGUCGCGCCGUCGGGGCCGGUAGAGAAGGCGCCGCCCGGGGGGCGGCAGAACUUCCUGCUGCUGGGAGUGCUGGUGUUCAUGCUGGGCGUGCUGAGCGCCUUCGCCGGCGCCGUCAUCGACGGCGACACCGUGUCGCUGGUGGAGAGGAAGUACUCGCACUACUGCCUGCUGCAGCCCGGCGGCGCGGCCCGCACGCGGAGCGGACUCGCGGCCCCCGACGGCUCUGCCGCGGCGCUCCGCUGCCAGAAGCUUCGGGACUAUCAGCGCGGCUUGGUGCUCUCCACCGUAUUCAACGCGCUGGAGUGUCUCCUGGGCCUGCUCAACUUGCUCCUCGUGAAGAAUUACAAGGCCUCGCAGCAGCGCGGGCGGCGGCGGCGACGGCGGCGAGCGGCCCCGGAGGCAGCGGCGGCGGCAGGCGGGCGGCGGCGGCGGCGGGGCGGCGGUGGCGGCGGCAGCGGCAGCGGCGGCGGUGGCGGUGGAGGUGGCGGUGGCGGCGGUGGGCGUCGGGCGCCGCGCCACAGUCAGGGCUCCCUGUUCUCGGGCGGCGAGCUCGAGCUCAGCCCUGGGGACUGCCCCUUCCAGGCCGUCUCCUACAUCAAUGUGGGUGUUUUCCACGUCUUCGACGAAGCCGGCGUGGAGGUGCACUGCGGUGGGCAUCCAUCCGUCGAGCUGCCCGGCUACUCGCCCAUGGACCCCGAGCUCAACGUCUCGUACCCCUACUGCUACCCGGUGCCCAGCGAGCAGCCCCCCGCCUACGAGGAGAUCUACCCCGGGGAGCCCUGCUCCCACGGCACCUAG